AGCAGGUCAGUCAGGUUCUUGGGUGCUCUAUUACACAAGCAAGAUCUGGCCAGCUCCACCUAAUUUUGUUUCUCUGACACCCUCCUGCUCAGUGGGACAUUGUCAUACUUAACCCAUCUGCUUUCUCUAAUGCUCGGCAGACUCAUUCCAGCCAGGACACCUGUCUGUGAUCUUUCAGUUCCUGUUUGUAAAUACCCCCAAAACCUGAAGAUUCCCCUUAAUAACACCAGUACCAAAAAAAGCUACAAUGUUGACCUCGGCCAAAAUUCUUUUGAUUUCAAAUCUGUUUAGUUUACUAUUAAUUGGAAGCCAUGGGGAAGAAAGUCUAGAAAAAAACACAACACAAAGCAUUGCAGAAGGCUUAAAAACAAUGGAAAACAAAUCCGUUCUUUUGGAAGGUGGCACAAAUUUAAGCUCAGAUAAAGAAAAUAGAGAAACCUCCAAUCCCAGGGCAAGUAAUUCCUCGUUCUGGGACCCAUCAAAUAAACACCAUGGAACAAAAGAAGUCUUCAGGAAUUCAUCAACGAACAACUUUUCUAGGAAUCCAAGACCCAUGCCUACAUCUCCCACUAGCCCUCCUCUGAUUCACAGCUUUGUUUCUAAAUUGUCUUGGAACUCAUCCAUUGCAGAUGAAAAUCCUCUUCCAGUCUCAGCAGUUCCCAAAACUACAUCUGCUAUAUCUUCAGAAAAGUUCACUUGGUCUUCAGCCAAUGAUACCAUAAAAACUCCUGACAACAGUUCCAUUUCAGUUAGCAUCCUCCCUACGGCACCAAACACCACGUCCGUGACCCCUAUGAUAACAGAACCAGAUGAAUGGCUCACCACAUCCAAUGAAAGCUUCAUAGGGUUUACCCCCUACCGAGAAACAACUCUACAGCCCACCUUAAAGUUUACCAAUAAUUCAAAAGUCUUCUCAAAUACAUCAGAUCCCCAAGAAGAGAAUAAAAGUACAGGAGUAGUAUUUGGGGCCAUUUUAGGUGCUAUUCUGGGUGCUUCGUUGCUUAGCCUUGUUGGCUACUUGCUGUGUGGAAAAAGGAAAACGGAUUCAUUUUCCCAUCGGCGACUUUACGAUGACAGAAACGAACCAGUUCUGCGAUUAGACAAUGCACCAGAACAUUAUGAUGCGAGUUUUGGGAACUCUAGUUAUUACAACUCAACUGUGAAUGAUUCAUCUAUGCCAGCAGGCCAAGAAAAUGCACGGGAUGGCAUUCCUAUGGAUGACAUACCUCAACUUCGUACCUCAGUAUAAAACUAAGGGGAAGAUGCUUCUGACGGCAAAUGAUCGCUACAUCCUAGCCUUUUCACAAACCCAUCUUCAAAAGCUGAAGCAAGAUCACAGUCA